AUGCGCUUUACUUGUAUAGCCAUAAUCUUUCAAGGCGCAAGCAUCUGCACGAAAAUCCUUGCCACCUACCAUUCGAGUCAUAUUCAUGAGGCAAAAAAGGUAUUUAAAUGUGAUGGCUAUAACAUUGCGCAAUGGGGAUAUUCACGGUCAGAAUGGGAGGAAUUCUGGGAUGAUGAUACCCGUGCGACCUUGUACGAGAAACACGGUGAAUUAGUUACAAAUUUUCAAGAUACGAGGGUGGUUCAGUUCUAUGACGAAGACAACGGCGGCUACAAGUAUUUCGAUCUCACAACAGAAUGGUUAAGAUAUGAGACUGAACUUCAUACUAUUGAUGUUCAACACAUAAUCGCCAUCGACCGGCAAGGUCGUGCAUGUGCCAUGAUUAUGAGGAAGACCAUGUACAGAAUUGACUUUUGGUGCAAAGAAAUACCACGAAUUACUUAUGAGUUGUGUGAAAUCGAGCCUUGA